CACAAAAAAGGCGGACGUGUAACAAACAGUACAUUGUCGAAGUAAGCAGUAAAUAUAAAUUGGUUACGCGACACAUUUCCCGUGGGCCGGAUGGAGUCAAUUUGACCGAAGCGCGGCCGCCGCUGUCGCUCGCCGCUCGCCCGCCGCGCCGCCCAUCCGCGCACCUCGCCACUUCUUUAUCUUCUAUUUAUUUAUUUCCCAUACCUACAAAGGUGCUCAAGAAUACGCGUGUGACCAAUUAACUCACCUAAGUACCUAAUGUGUGUGACUUACAAGUGCCUCGUUCCCACAAUGUUCAGUGCAAUUAUGAAGUGACGCGUUAAGUGUUGCGAUGCCUCAGGUGUCUUCGAGCAAGGAUAUGAGCGAUGAGGCGAAGCGGCCGCGGAGGAAACGGGUGUCCGAUAUGAGGGUAGAUUUCCGGCGUCUGAAAGCGUCGACCCUGCGCACCAGCGUGAAGGCUGCCAUGUAUGAAAGCAGCUGCUCGUACGCUGGAGCCUUGGAGCUGAAGCGGAGCGCCCUGAAGGAGGAGCCCUGGCCGGCAGCCGAGUGGCCGCCUUACCGUCUCCACCAGUCGACCUUUGAACAACUCAAACAGAGCGUAGAGAAGGCAAAAGCGGCUCUGCAAGACCGCUCGGGCCUCCUCGGGACAGCCACGGCCUUUGGAGACUUCUACGGAGGACAGCUGCAAGAUGGAGGCGCGCUGGGCUUCGGCCGCGCCGCCAGGACCGACAUGGAGACCCUCGGCGUCCUAGAUAAAGGAAAAUCUUUAGGGAGUGACAAAUUAUCGAGCAGCCUCGGGAAAGGAUACUCUACUCCCACCCUGUCGGACACCCUCCGAGGAUCGAAGUGCUCAGAUGCGUCCUACAAAAGUUCAUGGUCUACACAUGCAUCCUCCCAGGCUUCACAAGGAUAUGGCACCAAUUCGCUCUCAGCUAUGUCGAAGUCGACGCUGGACGCACACUCACAUCUGCGUCAACCAGAUCCAUAUCAAAUGUUUGGGCCAACCAGCAGUCGCCUAGCGAAUUCAGGUUCCGGGCAGAUCCAGCUGUGGCAGUUUCUGCUGGAGCUGCUGAGUGACUCCAGCAACGCCGGCUGCAUCACCUGGGAGGGCACCAACGGGGAGUUCAAGCUGACGGACCCGGACGAGGUGGCGCGCCGCUGGGGCGAGCGCAAGUCCAAGCCCAACAUGAACUAUGACAAACUUAGCCGCGCCCUCAGCAUCGAUAUUCCCGUCUGCGUCGUGGAGCAAUUGGGGCGGGGGCGGGGGCAACCUCUACUCGCCCCACUCCAUGGCGCCCCCCCACGUGACGUCACAUCUGGGCUCGUAUCCCCACUACGCAUGACCUGCCAUUUAAGCUGCCUCCACACCUGGCCGGCUCCUCGGCGAACGCUAUUGACCGACGCCGAGCCAGCGGCGAGUGACGUCACGACUCCCGACACUCGCUCACGACAGCCCAACGAGACGACUUUUUAAACCAGUUACCGCAAGACUAGUCUAACCAAAAAUUUAAAUCUUUGUAAAUAAUACUCAUAAAUUAAGUAGACCUAUUUGUUUAUUUAGGUUAUAAUUAAUUAAAAGAUUGUAACAUAAAGAGAAAAAUGGGUGUGUAGUAGGUAAAAUGUAAAAAGAUAAGCUGUUAUUUUGCAAUAACCUUUCGUUUAUCCUGCCAACCUACAAUCUAAACAUACGUUACUCAUUACUACGUCUCAUGGUAAGCGUCGACCUUUCGGCAUCCUACGCACCGGACGCAUCGCAUUCAGUAUUCUUUCCGUAGAAAUUCACACAAGUGCGUCCAAUUCAUCGGCAUUGCCGACGCCGUUUCUCCAUACGUUAUUGACAAUCUGUUUGGUGCGAUACGUAAGAUAUUAUAUAUCACAUCCUGUACAAAUACGAGCACUAACAAAUAUAAUAAACAAAGAUUGGUUAUUGCAAAAAGACACGGUUUCCUAGGAACUACAACUCAAGAAAAAAAAAACUUUGUCGCCAGUCGACGUUUUUAUCAGUCGAAAAAAUAGUUUAAUGAAUGUCUAAUAUAUCAAGGUUUUAAAUUUAAAGAAUGGUGAUAUUAUACUCAGUAUUAAUCUGUAAAAUAAUUUUAACUAAGACAGAAAAGUACCACAAGGUACGUUUGAUAAAUUCCCUUAAUGUUUAUUAUUUUUAGGAACUACCUAUUUAUUCAUGUACCUACUAAUUCUAGUCCCUGAAAAUAUGAUUUAUCAGAGUUUAUUUUAUUUGGAUCAUUCAGAAGUGAGAUUUUUAACUGUAACGAAUGCAUUUUUGUAUUCGAUCAUAUUUUAUUGGCGGGCCAAAACAGAAUGAGUGUACAACAUAACAACUCAUAAUAAAAGCGAAUUGAUUUUAACCCUCAUAAAGAUUUUGGUCUGAAAUCAUGUUUUAAUGAUAAAACUGUGAAAAAUUUGUACAUACAAUAAUUUGAUGUUUUUAAAGUGCAAUCGUUCUAGUAUGUAAUAAUAAUAAUAAUGUAUAAUAGGUAUAAUAGGUACCCACCUACCUAUCUAGACCAUAGAUUUUAAAUAAAUAGAAUUGAAUCCUAAAUAUUUAUUUAAUUUAUUAAUGCUUUAAGUGAUAUGUUUAAAGUGAUCGUUAAUUUAUUCUAUUUAUUGCCUACUUGUCUUGUUCUUUUUAACUUUUUAGCUUACUUUACUACCAAUCGGAUCUAUUUUACACGAUCUAAGUAAUUUAUUCUACUGAAUUAUAAAUUUUAUGUAUAAUAAGUAACAACAGGCUUUGGCUUUGGCAUAGUUACCAAUAAAAAAUGAUGAGAGUCUUCAAAUAGUAUACCUACCAAUUUCUAGACUGUGCCUAACGUCUAUUUUUUUUCU